AUGAGUGAUCUGGUGGCGCGAACGGGUCGGCACCAGCAGCGCUACGAACAAGGCCACCGCCUUGUUGCCGGGUCUCCUCUUUAUCCCUCAACUUCCAGUCCGUCGUUUACUUGUUAAUUUUUUUUCCCCCAUCGAAUUAUGCUAUCUAGGGCCCAGACAUGUUGCAUCUCAAUUUUAUCAGUGGCGUGAUAGUUAUGGAUUUUUUGAUUAUUUCCGCCAACUUGUUUUCGUUUGAUAGAUGGAUGACUGAUUUCCAGAUGUGUGCAUUUCCACUUGUUGGUGGUCCGGGGCCAUUUUUCUUCGGCAUAUUCGUCAACAAGAUAUUUUAUUUUAAAGAUGGUGAGGCCUGAUAAAACAUCUGGCCUGAGCACAUACCACGUGGACCAUUUGGUUCUAAAAUUAUUGUCCAUUGCAUUUUCUAUUGCUCUCCACUGCGGCCUAGGACUAGAUCUCCUAAAUAUUUCUUAUGUACCUCUUUGUGGAGAUUUAAGAACUCUUCCGUUUGGUCAUUCGUUCUCUCAUUUCCAACUUGUUAGUCUUUGUCAGUACUUUCCAUCCAUUUUAAUCUGCUACUGGUGGAUGGAAAUGAAAUUUUAAUGCCCAGUUUUUUUUAGUAAAUAGACGUGAAAUUUAUAAACCCCUUGGUUAAAUAAAGCGUGAUUCGUUUAAGAGAAUGAUUUCAAACUUAAAGAAAAGAAAACAAUGGGAAAAUAAAUAAAAAAUCAGUGCACUAUGCAUUAUAAAAGAAAGGGUUAAUAUGGUCCCCUAAAGAAACCCCUGUAAAGAAGAAUGGCAUUUAUAAGGGAGAGACACAAAUACCACGGACUUAGACAGUUGUGGACACUUGCAGACGGCCAGCACAUUGGUUCACCUUAUUAUGUUUCACUUUUUAAACCAUGUAGUGAUCACUGCAUUAUUUUAAACAUGAAUUAAAUGUCAAAUAAUGCUGAGGAGAUGAAUAUAUGGAAAUUUUGUUCUCAUUAAUUAGCCUGGAUAUAUUGAGCCGAUAGUUUGUGGAAAGCAAGUUUCUCUGCUAGAUGGAGAGCUAUUUGCCAGUUAGUUGCACUGGUAGAGGAUCAUAUCACGAACCCGAGUUUGUGAUUUCGGACUAUCUUGAGACUGACUCUCAACUUCUAGUUCUUGUUGAUUCUAUCUCAUAUUUUUAGAUUUACUUAACUCGGUCUAUAAGUAAUGUAGAGCAAGAUUAUAGCAAUCGUAAAAUGCCGAAGAAGUAUGUCCCAGAAUCUUCAAAGAGGUAAAACGUGGAAGAAUCAAUUAGAUUUGUCUAGGCAACUCAUAAGGCCGCAAACGCGUUUUUCCAUUUAUAGGGUUAUUAACUCUUUCCUUUCAUCUAAGAUUUCUGUUGUGUAAGUAGGCUUCGAAUGAGAUAUUUUUAUUUAUGAGAUUUAUAACCCCCUUUUUUACCUAUUUGAAGAAGCCACACACUGUACUAGAUGCAAAAAAUCCUUUCAUCAUAAGUGCAAAGUUUAUUCCAUUUCUGAAGAUUUAGGGCUCUAAUAGAAAAGAAUGGUAAUGUGUCUUAAACCUUCAAGGGAGAUAGAAUAAAAUUAUCAAUUAUUCUAAAUAGUCCGAUCAGAAAUCUACUGACAGAGAAGCCCAUGAAAGGAGAAUGUGCUUUCAACCUCAUGGGCUGCCUAGAUAAUUCCAUUUGAGGCGUCUACAUUUGACCCUGUUUGGCCGUCUGAGCUACAUCUUUUGACCUUUCUACAACUGUUUCUUCUACAUCAAACAGUUCAAGCAAAUUGAUGAGGACAUUGGAGUCAACCGCACGCCAAUCAAUGUCUACACUCGAUUGAAGCAGAUCGGUGGACUUGGUGAAUAACGUAAUAAGGCUUUCUUUUGCGGAUUUCCAUACGUCAUUCAGACCAAGUUUCUCUUCAACUAUUUUGGCAGGUUCUACAAGUAUUUAAGAUCUAUGAAAGACCCUAAGAAUCCCAAAAUACAUGAAAGACCAAGUUUCACUAUAUAUUUAGGACCAUUUAGUGCCAAAAAUUGUAGUCCAUUAGGUACAGAUGUUGCUUAAGGACUGAAAUCUUAAAGUCAGAUCUAAGAGCACUCCUUCGAAGGACUGAUGUUGCUCCUAUAAAUAGGAGGUUGAACUUGAUGUCAACAAAAAUAAUAAUGCUUUUAAUUAAAAUUUGGCUCCUAGAUCCUUCUCCAAGAUAGUCGUGAAGGUCCUCCAGCGAGAAAUUAGGGUCCCAAAGGGUGAAGCUGAGGGAUAGUUUGGCCUUGCUUUAUCCCUGGUGUCCUCCAGAAUGUGGGAUCACUAUAAUUCUAAGAUGAGUACUGGUUGGCUGUUUGCACAAAAUUCGUCAGCUACAAGUCCUUGUCCACGGGAUCAAGAUAUUCUGGACCUCUUAUCUACUUUUCUUUCAGACAUCUUUUUUUUACUGACUAUACUCGUCUGUAUGCCCUUACCAGCACUAGACCCUUAUCUCCUAUUCUAGCCCACCACCCUUAACAGAUCCUUACAAAUUAUUUUGGUCAAGUAUAAUUUUCAUAUUUUUAUGCGAUAUAACUUCUGUUUUGAAAGCAAGGCACCUUGGUAGUGACCCUAACUACGAACACGAUCCUGCUGCGACUAUUCAAAGAGGAUAUUUAUUUAGUUGGCCAGCCUUCAUUUAAAAUUGACAUUUUCUGAUUUCUCUUAAAAUCAGACAUACACGUGGUUUCUCCCACAUCAUAAAUGCUGGAGAAGAAUGGUUUAAAUUCCAUCAUAAAAUUUUUACAUGGAUUCACAUAAUGUCUCGUGAUCCAUAGGCUCUCUCUCAAAGGGAUUUUAGAAGGGAUGGAGUUAUUGGUGACCUAUACUGAAGCAAUUUUGAAGCAACUUAAUAUUCCAGAUAAAUCGAUAAAAAUGGUAGAAAAACUCUGGUUACAAUCCUCUUCGUUUGCCUCUGGUCAUAAAUUCUUUGCUGAAGCUGCAGCAAGAUGGUGAUUGAUAUUGAACAAUAUUUUGGUGAGUACAUCUAGAAUUUAAUAUAAUGGCAUAUGUGUUUGAUCGCAUCAACGUCUAUAUGCACUUUUUUUUUGGGUAUAUCACGUGGUGAAUCAAAGCUAUGAAGAGGUUUAUUUAAUCUUUUUUUCCCUUUUUGGCAUGGCCUUCUUUCUGUUUGGAGUAAUCAAAUGUCUGGUUAAAGUCAGUAUUAUGUAUACGCUGGAUCUUUGAUCUUGUAUCCCCAACAGGUGUAUUCCAUAUAAAUAUCGAUAUUCUAAUGGCAACUCUGGUGGCAAACGGAAAAGAGCCGUUGAAGUGCUAAUGAUUAAUACACCGAGUGGCCCAGGGCUUCUUUUUCCAAAGGUACCGUCCACACCGUUCAGCAUGAUUUCUUCUGUGAGCUCCUAAAGGAGAAAUACACACAUUUUUUGUAUACACGUUUGUGUCCACAGGCAUUUACUAUUCAACUCGUUUGGUUCAGUGUGCAUUAACUUUGUAAUGCAAUUCAACUUUAUGAAUAUAUUCAGCUCUUAUUCAUCUAAUUUGUAACGCAAUUAGACUUCAUGUACAGUUCCUUCCCCACAUCCUUGCUUUUAAUUUGGUAGGAUAGUUAGGAACCCUUUGCUAUUUUGAGCCCGACUGCCAGAUUUGGAACUUUUCUUGAAUUUCCUUGAAUCCCUGGGUCAAAUCCUCGCCUGACUCCACAUUGAUAAGAUAAGCUCUAUGGCUCUGUGAUACAUGGUCUGCAUCGUUGGGUUAUGAGAGCUAUGAGAGAGAACGGUGAUUUCUUAGACACUGUAAGUUAAUCAGAUGUUAUAACAUCAGAUUAACGUCACUAUGUUAUAUAUAAUCACAGGGAGGAUGGGAGAAUGAUGAGACUGUGGAAGACGCAGCAGAGAGAGAAGCGCUAGAAGAAGCAGGAGUUCGAGGAGAGAUAAAGGUGAAUGAUUAUUUUGACGUAAAAUUCGUAAUUAUAUUAUUUUCUCUCACCUCAAGAUCUUUUUGCACCGAAUAGUUGCUUGUGCUUGUGGAGAAGGCCAGGAGAAAAAAUCAUUUUUUUUCGUUUUUUUUACUUUUUUAUGUAUUGCAAUUAAAUUAAAAUGCCAAGGCAGAUUUUAAUUUUAAUUUUUAUUAUCAGUAUUAUUAUUAUUAUUGCAUUUGGUCAUUUAUAUAUCUUGGCUUCUUCUCCAUAUUUCGUUCUAUUUCUUUUAUAAGGUUGCUGGUUUCAAUGUCCUCAGUAUAUUCAAUGUCUCUGGAUAGAAAUUACUCAAAAGGACUGUUAUUUAAGGUUAUUAGAGACAUACUCUGAAGAUAUUAAAUCAUAUAUAGUUUAGAAACAUUGACGUAUACAGGUUUCCAUAGUCUCUCAAAGAGAGGCAUGUGGAGGGAGCUAGAGAGAGAGAGACAGACAGCAUGGAUCUCUCUGAAAGGUGGGAUUGGUUUGACCCAACCUCAGUCCAUCUAGCUUCACCCUGGUCUGACUUUUGCUUAUCUCAUACAAGUCAAUCAAGAUUAUCUCCUAAGAUGUGGCAUCAACAAUCCAAUCCCUCUCAGCGAAACAAGGUUUAUGAAAACCUAUUUGACAAGACAUUUUUCUGGCGAUGCGUUGACCAGAUAUAUUUUUACUGCUCGGGAUUGAGAGAUCUAGGAACUGGGAUUGAGGCCUCAAGACUCCUGGAAGUAGAUUUUAAUCUGCACUAUCGUAUAAUAAUCUCCUUCACUCUACCGCUGGGGCAGUCUCUGAAGUUGACCUUGGGCGGAGACCAAGAACAUCCGUCCAUCCUUUACGUUGACUUUUUUGUUUACCGCUGUUUUCUGUUAGGUCAUCAGUCCCGAUUUAUUCAUUUGGGAAGCAAAAAUGGAUUCAUAUUGCAGGAGCUGCUGGGGCACUACUACUUCAAGAGCAGGACCCACAAGGACGAGUUCUGCCCGGACGGAUCCUGCAAUGCCGCCAUGUUCCCCCUGCUGGUCAAGGAGGAGCUCUCCACCUGGCCGGAGCAGGGCACCCGUCAACGCAAGUGGCUGACCGUUCCCGAGGCCUUGGAGCAGUGCAGGCAUUCCUGGAUGAAGGAAGCCCUCGCCACCGGCUUCUCCAGGUGGCACGCCGCCCACGCCGCCGACGACGACGACUGA